AUGCCCUCCGAUCGCCUCUCGGCCGCCGCGCGCCUCCUGGUCCAGGCACCACCGGGCCAGGUCUCGCAGGUCUACCACGACCUGCGCGGAAUCCUCCUCGACCCAGAGGCGGGCGCCGACGACGGCCAGACAAUCGACGACGCGCAGAUCAAGCACAUGGCCCUCGUCGCCCUCGAGGAGUACAACACCUCGCAGCUCAUCCCCGUCGCCAUCGACGAGGCCGCAAAGGACCACGUCAUCAUCUGCCAGGCCGCCCAGAUCCCCUCUUCCACCGACACCGCCACCAAGCGAUACGCACACCCGAGGGCCAAGAAGAGCUUUGCGUUUGACCACAUGGCUCGGACUGCGAGCGACAUCCAGGAUCUGCCCGUCGACGAAGACGCCGAGCCGCUGCGCGCGGCCCUCGACGCCGCCCUGCAGAACUACGUGGCGGACCGGUACAACUCGGGCGUCAGCUCCGUCUUUGCCGUCAGCAACGUACCCUACAAGCCCGCCGCCCCUACCGCCGCCGCUAGCAGCGACGCGCAGCAGCAGCAGCACGAGGAGGCCGCCAAGGUCGACGCCGAAGACCCCGCCGUGCCGACCGCAGCAGCUGCGGCGAACGAAGACGCAGAGACCGAGGGUGCAGAGAAGAAGGGCGACGGCAGCCCAAACCAGGAGGGAGAUGCUACCGCGGCCGACGAUGACGGCGACAAUGUCAAGGACGACCCCGUCGAGGCCGCCGCGGCUUCCGAGGCCGUCUCGUCCGACUCCACGUCGCCCACAGCCGCUGCCGCCGAGGAGGCACGAGAUGCGAGCGAGCAACAGCAGCCGCAGGAGCAGGAGCCGGAGACGACGCCGCGCCAGAUCAAGUACACGUUCCACCACGUGGGCAACAAGUACCACCUAUCCAACUUCUGGUCGGGGCGCUGGCGGGCGUCGUACACGCUCGACGUCGAGGCGGCGACGCUGACGUCGAGCCUGCAGGUGCAGGUGCACUACUUUGAAAACGGCAACGUGCAGCUCAACGCGUCCAAGCCCAAGACGUUUCACCUCGACCAGUCCUCGCUUGCGGGUGAGGGCUCGGAAUCGGAGCAUGUCAAGAGGGUGGCCGAGCACGUCGUCAAGCUCGUCGAGAGGCACGAGGACGACUACCAGUCCCUGCUCGAGGAGACGUACGAGGAUCUCGGCGAAAAGGCCUUCAAGGCGCUCCGGAGGCAGCUGCCCCUCACCAAAAACAAGAUCGACUGGAACCAGCUCAUGAACUACCGCCUCGGCGCCGAACUCGCCAGGCAGUAG